UGUACCGAGUCUAUUCUCCCGAGAACGCUUGUCCGUUCUCGCCGCCUAUCGCCGGUAUUGAGAGAGGGCUUGAGACUCGACUAUCCCGUUUGUUCCACCUCCGGCCACUAGGCGGCGGGGGGCGGCCGGAUGUUUACAAACGAGCCAUAAAGCUCAAGAAGAAGAUCACUCAAGUUCUGUUUCCAGGGGGAUUCAUUGGCGGCCGAAAAGCGCGAAAUCAAAAAUCCUCCACGAAUGACAACUAACGAGUGAAGCAAAGACUUGUUUAGGUCGAAUACAACAUGGAGGAACUAUUCAGCAAGUGCUUACAAGUGAUCGUGCGCUCCGGGGACUGCGAGGAAAGGAAAGCCAACAUUCGUGUCACCAUUGAGCUUCAUUUGACAAACAGUCCAGUACACAAAAGGGAUCUUCUAGUGAGACUGACCGAUGAUACUGAUCCAUAUUUUCUUUUCAACCUCUCUAUAUCUGAAGAUGAUUUCCAAAGCUUGAAAGUCCAACAAGGUCUCCUGAUAGACUUUGCAUCAUUUCCUCAGAAGUUUAUUGACCUCCUUAAUCUAUGUUAUUCUGAGCAAAAGUCAGACAUUCCAAGGUUUCUCCUGCAUUUGUCCCGUCAGUCUCUAGUGGUUGAAGGCCCUGCUAACCUCAGUGUUGUAGAGACAAAUGCAUUCAAACACCUCAACCACUUGUCUUUGAGGCUUGUUCACGGCUCUGAUAAAGAUAUUAAAGACUAUCUGGCAGAGUGUCUCUGCUCUCUCAAGGCUGAGAAGCAGGCCCUGGAGGUCAAGCUUCAGACGACUGAGGAGGAUCUGUCCAGGCAGCUGAGUUAUGCCCAGCAGACGCUGUCCGAGAAGACAAAAGAGUUGGACAAACUGCGUUCAGAGUGGACAAGUCAGACCAGCUCUCUUUCCAGCCGCCAUUGUCAUGAGUUACAAUCAGAGAGGGAGAAGGCUGCAGAGUUACAGAGCAGACUCCAGCAGCAGACGGAGCUGCUCCGUCGGGAGCUGGAGUCGUCUCACAGAGAGAGCAGCCAGCAGCUCCACAGCAGGCUCACCGAGCUGGAGGCCUCCAGCAGAGAGUUGACGGAGCGGAAAUACAAGAACGAGUCCGUCAUUAGAGACCUGAAGAUCAAACUAGCGGGUGCAGAGGAGGAGUGCCAGCGGUCCAAGCAGCAGAUCCUGUCUCUCAGAAGGGAGAACAGCUCUCUGGACACAGACGUCCAUGACAAGGAGCGCUCGGUGAGCCAGCUCCAGAUGAGAGUGGCUGUUCUGGAACAGGAGGUCAAAGAUAAGGACCAGCUCAUGCACCGCUCAAAGGAGGUGCUGGAAGCUACUCAGCAGCAGAAGGAAUCUAUGGAAGAAAAUGCUGAAAGUAAAGAACUUCAGAUUAAAAAACUUGAGGCAACAGUGAGAUCACUGUCUGAGGAGCUGAUCAAGGCUAACGGGAUCAUCAAGAAGCUGCAGGGAGAGGUUCGAGGCCUUGUUGGAAAAAUAAAAGUGAAAAACUCUGUGACUGUGUCACAGGAGAAGCUCCUCCAAGACACAUCAGGGAAACUUGAGAGUGUUGAGAAGGAUUUACAGAGCACCCAGCAGCGUCUGGUCACCACAGAAGAGCAGGUUUCAAAACUAAAGGAGCAGUUGGAGACGACGGUUCAGAAGCUAAACGAAAGCAGAGAGGUGCUGAAGACAAAUGAGAAUGUUAUAAAUUGGCUCAACAAGCAGCUCAAUGAAAAGCAGCUCUCCAGGACGUCUCCUGAGCGUUUGGACCGACCUUCCCUUCCAUCCACAGCAGCAGUACUGAAGACAGGGAAAAGUGUCCCAUCUCCUGCUGAUCAGAGAUCAGUGCUGCAAACCAUCAGACACAUUGGAGACCCUGCAGGUCUGGACUCCAAGUACUUUGAGAAGAGAGAUGACAGCAUCCCGGUCUAUGGUCUGUCGUCUAGUGUGUAUCACAAAGAGUUUUGUCAGCAAACCAAGCCCUCUGUAGCUUCCGCUUAUUUCUCUGCGUGAAGAAGAAGCAAUUAGAGUCAUGACAUCAGAGUUUCAAUUCCAAUCCGGUUGCAUAUUCCUAAAGUCCUAAUCUGUGAGUGACCUGUGUUCAAUUCACUGCUUAAUGUGUGCUUUUGUUCGCACCUUUGUGAAUGCUGGAUUCCAGUGAUCAUGGAGAAUUCUUUCAAUUCAAAUUUUUACUUAUAAAGUUCGCUAUCCGUAUAUAUGUUUGUGUUUUUUAUAAUAAUAAAAUGUUUCAAUUGUUAUUGUUGCCGGUAGCGAUUUUAGGGAUUGUGUGAAAUAAAAGUAUUGAUGCAUUCAGUAUUUGUUGAGCUUGUUAAAGAGUC